AAAUCGGACGAAUUAAGUGUGGGAGACACUCUCUUUUUUUGUUAGUUCGGGAUAGUGAUUAUUUUAAGUUGAGAUUUAAGUUGUUACCCGGUUAUAUGUUUUAUUCGAAAAUCUUUAGUGUGUGCACAAAACGUGUGAGGUAUGAUUAUAUAGUGACUGUUGAAUAACCCGUUAAUUUUUAAACUUAAAUAUCUAGUUAGAUUAUUUUUUUGAUAAAAUGUUUAAUUUAGUCCAGAAAAAUUACGAAUAUGAUUAAAACUUGCGUGACACUAUCGUGCUCUGUAUACUGUGUUGUUUGGUGUAAUUUGCACGAGUACGAUUAAAACUUGCGUGACACUACCGUGCUCUGUAUAUUGUGUUGUUUGGUGUAAUUUGCACGAGUACGAUGGAUCUACAAAAUGUGCUUAAAUGCUUAAUUAGAGUUUGGAACCUACUUCUUUUUCUUUUUUCUUUUUUUGGUGUACCAACCCGGUUCACCUUUAUGGCUAAUUUAGAUUCGGGGCGAGUUUUGAGUUGAUAAGUUUCAUUUCCCUCCCAAUUAUUAUUGCGGAGAUUGAACACGGGGAUCCUCCCUACCAAGUUCAGCCUCAAUCAUCACCAAACCAACAGACAAUGGAUAAUACUUCAUAUUUUAAUUGUGUAAUACGGAGUACAAGAGAUUAAAGGAGGAAUGGAUAAAGAUGGGAAGAAAUAAAAAAGGAGGAGAAGAACGAGGACAAGUUGGUAAUUUCAAUGAUAAAACCGCCUUUAGGGAGAAAAACAGGAAACCGAAACAUUUUGCCACACCUCUCCAAACGACUUUGACAACAACCCAUACUCCUUUUUCUCUCUCCUCUAGUUGCAGUUAGGAAGGUAGGUACGGUUAGAGAGAUACAGCACCAAAUUGAAAAAAAAAAGGAGUAAAAAUGAGUGACCAACCGAUGACUACCGAAGACCCUAACGACCUCACCCUCCCCGACGCCGCCACCGCAACCGCCACCGCUGAAUCCGACAGAACUCCCGCCGCACCAUCAGGCAGUCGAGUCAGGGGUCCCUGGUCGCCGGAGGAAGAUGCCAUACUUAGCGAGCUAGUCAGUAAAUUCGGAGCCAGAAAUUGGAGCCUCAUCGCCCGCGGAAUUCCCGGUCGCUCCGGCAAGUCUUGCCGUCUUCGCUGGUGUAAUCAGCUUGACCCUUGCGUCAAGCGUAAACCUUUCUCCGAAGAAGAAGACCAGAUUAUAAUUUCAGCACAUGCAACUCAUGGAAACAAAUGGGCCUGCAUAGCAAAGCUUCUACCGGGAAGAACAGACAAUGCUAUAAAAAACCAUUGGAAUUCAACUUUGAGACGGAGGUAUGAUUUUGGUAAGUCGGUAGGAGAUACCAGCUAUGAAAAAAACAAGGCAUCAUCCGAAGAAACAGUUUCAGGUGAAACCGAUUCGUUUAAGGCUUAUGAUGGAAGACAAGAUGUAAAUAUGGUGGUUAACCAAUAUAUUCAGUCCGAUUACCAGUCUCCAGUCAAUGAAAACCAACCCAUGCAACCUGAAAACCAACCUUCAAUUCCGUUUGAGAAUCACCUUGUAGUUCCAUAUCAUCCUAUUGUUGCAUAUCCGCCCAUUGUUGCAUAUCCACCCGUUGUAGCUCAUUUUGUUGAACCCACAGAGCCUCAUACACUCUCUCGUCCAGUUGCACGUGUUGGUGCUUUUAACGUGUAUCAACCUUCAUCUAAUAACUUCACACCUGCUGCACCAAUUCACAAGCCUGUGCCUGUAAAGGGUCCUUUGGUGAAUGCCUUCCAACCGGAUUUUGGCAUCUCCAAGUUUCUGGAUGGAGUUGAGUGUGAGCCAAUUAUUCCUUUGCGAUGUGGGCAUGGAUGUUGCUCUACUCCAGCUAAUGUUAAAUCUAGAAGCUCAUUGUUGGGGCCUGAAUUCAUAGAAUAUGAUGAUCCUCCUUCCUUUUCAAGCCAUGAAUUAGCCUCAAUAGCUACAGAUUUGAACAAUAUCGCGUGGAUCAAAAGUGGGUUGGAUAGUACCUGUACCAGAAGAAUGGAGGAUCCUAUUCAGAGAAGAGACUCUCAUGAGACUGAUAAUUCUGAGCAAUCUGCGCAGACCAGUAAUAUGCGUUUUGAUGAAGGACGGAGCAAGCUUAUGGGGAUGAUGACAGAAGUGUUCUCAACUCAGAUACCGAGGCAAACAGUCUCAUUGCCAGCUGAAGUUGGGGUUUGAUCUAUAGUCUUUUUGUUAUUUAUAGUCAUGCUGAUAUACAACUAUACAAGGGAUGAGACUGUUCUUAAGUUUUAUUGCCCGAAGAACGAACGGGCGAGGUUCUUACAUUGACUAGAUAUCUGUUGAUUUGACCAGCCACUUGAAUAGGAUGGAAAUUUUGGAGUUAUUCUGGAGAGCAAUAAUACCAGCUGUGGAUCUGGUUUGCAGGCUGUGUUAAAGAGUUCUUGUUACUAGUGUUGGAUUUUUAUUUGAGAAAUUGUAAUAAUUGUCCAACUUAUAGAGGUAAAAUGACAAUUUUGAAAAGUGGCUUGUAGUUAAUUUAUGAGAUAAAUAGCUAAAUACCAUCUGAACUUGUUACAGUAGCAACAAAA